UUCAUGGACGCUGUAACAGAUGAAAAUGGAGGAGUGUCGCUCGUCAGAGCCAAGGAAAGGAUUUUCGAAAUUAAAAAAUAAAUUUCGUUCACGGUUAUUUGGUAAGAAGUUAAUACAUGUUCCUACAAGUCGUCUAGUGGCAUCCAGUAAUAUUCUCCGUAACCCCAUCCCAACACAGGACUGUGAUGUACUGGUCACCUUCCCAGCAGAUACAGAAACCAGCACCCUCAUGUGGCUACUGGACCGCCUCAGAGCCAGGUCCCCCCAUCUCAUCAUCCAUGUCCGUCACCAUAGCAACACCAAAGGGUCCAUGUUUCAUCUGACAGCUUCUUAUGAAGGACUUCUUAAAGGAGCAGAAGAAUUGGGAAUACAGAAACUCCUGAAAGAGGAUCUAGGAGGUGGAAUGAGAGAAUUUUCAUUUGAAGAGCAAGAGUGCUUUAAAAAUAUUGAGGAUGAGAACCUCUUUCUUAAUAGUCAGGAGAGACAGAGCAUUAUAUGCCAUCUAUUGGAUAGUCUGAGAGCUAUUCAAGGGGAACAACUGGGGAAAGUGAAAUUUGUGGAAGGCCAAUCUAUUGUUCCAAUUUUGGAGUCCAAAAAAAUCAUUUCACAAGUGUUUCCUCUCCACUGUAAGCAGUCUGUUAAAGAGCUCAGGAAGACGUGGGUGCAGGCAUUCUUUUCCCCUCAGCCCUUAGACAAAAUAAAGGAUUACUUUGGGGUAAAAAUAGCUCUCUACUUUGCCUACCUUGGACAUUACACCCUGGCCCUGUGUUUGCCUGCUUUUGUAGGACUAGGAAUCUGGAUCAUGCAGUGGCAGGCAGACCAGGAGUGGGAUGAUGAACUUUUUAUUGGAUUUGCCUUGUUCAAUGCUCUCUGGGCCACGCUAUACCUGGAACUCUGGAAAAGGAAAAGCUGUGAGCUGACUUAUAACUGGGGUACUAUGGAUUCCCAGAAGGAGAUGUUGGAGGACCCCAGGCCCCUGUACACUGGGAGACUAGAAGUUAGUCCAGUGACUGGCAGACUGGAGCCAUUUUAUCCCUCCUGGAAGAGAAAUCUGUUUCGAUAUUUUGUCUCCUACCCUGUCAUAAUUAUGUGUCUUCUGGUUGUUUUUGUUAUCAUGCUGUUAAUUUUUGAGGUCCAAGAGUGGAUCAACUCUCUUGUUAAUAAUGGUGAUGUUCCAGGCUUUUUCUCCUUUCUACCAAAAAUCCUCCUUGCUGUGUCCAUUGGUGUUUUAGAUGAAAUUUAUAAAACCAUUGCUAAGUGGCUAAAUGACUUAGAAAAUUAUAGAAUGGAAGAAACAUACUGGAACCACUUGAUUGUUAAGUUGGUUUUGUUUCAGUUUGUGAACUCUUUCCUGUCUCUUUUCUACAUUGCGUUUUAUUUACGAGACAUGGAUAGGCUUUGUGAUCAAUUGGCAGCAAUCCUAAUUACUCGUCAAAUCAUUGGGAAUCUGAAGGAGGCUUUUUUGCCAUAUCUACAGUGGAAAGCCAAACUCUACAAAGUGGGAUAUGAAAUGACAAAAGAUCUCAUCAUUCCUGAGGGAAAGACAGUCUCCUCUUAUUGCAAGGAUUCAUCUAAUUGCAAGGCUUCAUCAAAUCUGGAUAUUCCAGAAUCCAGUGUGAAUGACCAGGAGUUAUCUUCUCCUGAUCAGCUUAGCACUGACAAGUGUGAAUCUGUUAAUGGGGAUUUUGUUGAGAGUGACAGUGUUCAGGACUCUUGUGAUGUUAGACAAAGAAGAACAUGUGAAGGAGAAAUACAGGGAGAUGAUGAACUCUUGGAUAUCAAAGAAAAACAGAAAAAACCUCUCUCCCUCACUCAGGCUGAGGUGGAAAGUGCCAUGAAACAGUAUGAGGACACCUUAGAAGACUACCUAGAAAUGUUUAUACAGUUUGGUUAUGUGACCCUCUUUUCCUCUGCCUUCCCUUUGGCUGCCCUCUGUGCACUGCUGAACAAUAUAGUGGAGGUCAGAAGUGAUGCCUUUAAACUCUGUAUGACAUAUCAGAGACCUUUUGGUAGAUCUGUAGAGAACAUUGGGACAUGGCAGGAUGCAUUGGAGUUGAUGGGAGUAAUUGCUAUCAUAGUAAACUGUGCUCUGAUUGGAGUAUCGGGUCAAGUUCAGAGAAUGGUUCCAGGGGCCUCCAUAGAAACUGUCAUUCUUAUCAUUGUUCUUUUAGAGCAUAUAAUUUUGGGACUGAAGUUCUUGAUAGCCUAUGCCAUUCCAGAUAUUCCAGAAACCAUAGAAACCAAAAGAGCCAAACUAGAGUUCCUAAGGAGGGAAGCUCUUAAAAAAUUUGAGGCAGAGGUGCAGUGUAUAGCAACAAGUAGUUCAGCUGAAAUCCGGGAGAAGAUACUGGCUCGACAGAAAUUUCGUCGUGAGAACCUGCAUCAGAGUGAGACUAAACAAGAAGCCACAGAAACUAUUAUAAACACAAUGGAACAAGAAGUAUCUAGUGACAAAGAGGCAGCAGUCUAAGGAGGACCGUAAUAUUUUAAAGACUCAUUCCAUCUCCCUCUUCUUUCCACCUUUUACUGAUCAUGGCAUAUCUUGAUGCAGGCUAACUGGAAAAUGUUUUAAUUUUACAAUAUCCAGGAAAGAAGAAUAUUUAUACAAAAAAUGUACAUGUAGACUAAAAUAAGAUAAUAGUACAUAAAAUUUUGGUCAAAUUUCAUUCAAACUUUACAAAAAAAAUAUUCUAGGAAAAAAGUGCAUAUUAUAUUCGGCCAAAAAUGGUAAGACUGAUGUUUCUACAUUUGGAUCUGUCUCAAGAUGACAAAAUGUUUGUUAAGCACUGCAAUAUUUUCCAUGCAAUAGAAUAUCAGUAUUUUCAUGGCCAAAGUUUUUGUGAGCUUUUAAAAUAUUACAUACAUGAAAAAAAUUCUCUUUCUAGUAAGAUUAGCCAUGUGAAUAGAUAAUGAAAAUGUAAAAUGCUUGUAAAAUGUAAAAUAGCUCUCACAGUGAUUACUCUAUUUAGCCUUGAUUUUUAUUCCUUCUUGUUAAGAGAAAGGUGAGGCUUAUACAUACCUUAUGAUAUAUUAAAUCAAAUUAUUUAGCUUGUUAGAGACUUGAUUGGAUGCUUGUUGUUUUUACAGUAUAGUAUAUAAUUCUUAUAAAGGUCAUGUGUAAUGGUAAUAAGCUUAAGUACAUGUUCUUGAUGAGCGAUUAGGAUUUUAAAUUUUAGGUGUACAGUGUGAGUUUUUUGUUAUCCAUUUUAUCAGCAUUUCAAUCCCUUUUUUUGUUAACUUCCUAUUUGUAUGUUGUGUUUUAUUUUUAUACAUUUUUUUUUUAAAAAUAUCAUUUCUUUUUUAUUUGACAGGGUUAUCAUAUGAAUUUUGAUCACUUGUUCAUAUCCCAUUCAUAUUCAUACCUGUGAAUCUCAAUAUGAUCUAAUCAAUGUUAGUUUAUACCUCCACACUGCAUAAUUAUAUUUUUCAAAUUAGUGCUUCCAUUUUGUGCAAUACAGCCGUUCUGUAGCAAUAAACUAAAAAAUUGAAGCCUAUCUGAUUAACAACAAAGGAAUAAUUAUUUUUAUCUAUCUAAUGAAGUAUAUUUUAUAAUGUAAAUUCCACACAGUGUUCAUGCAUUUUAUAAGAUAUUGUAAAAAUCUUUCUUUUUUUUCUUAGACACAGGGAAUCUUAUAUUGCUCAUUGAUAUUUUAUUAAUGUGUAGAAUUUCUGUUUGUUAUCAUUAAUUUUGUUUAUGAGGAGUAAUGUAUUAUGCAUAUC